AUGAAUCGCGAAAAGGACGUUUCGACGCGAUUGAUUCGACCAACGAUACCCGAUAUUCAUGUCGACAAACUUGCUCUUUUUGUCGAAAGAUGGAAUCACGAAUGGGAAAUUGACGCCAGUAUUCAAAUUUACGAUGAAGGAAUCGCUCAAUACAUGCUCGUUGACAUCGAAUCGCACUACAAAUUCUUCGCUGCACUGAUCCUCGGAAAACCGAGUUUGCGGUGCAAGAUUGUUAAAGAAGAGCCAAGAGAUGAGCUCGACGAGCACGACAACCAUAUUGUUCUUUUGGGCGGCGAAAAAUUGACGCAAGAAGCGCAGAGAGGAAUCGAGUUCUUGAAAACAGUCCUCCACAACAGAGGAUAUCGCUUUGAUCAAUGA